AUGCCUGUAGUCACUAUCCGUUGGGAAGGAAUUGAACAAUGGGAGAACAGCAGGCACCAGGUAGACAGGAUACUCGAAAAGCAUACUGGACACAACCAGUACCCCGCAACAAAGAGUCUGCCGCCGAUAAUAUUUGGUGUGGACAUCUCAGAGGAAGGUAUCAAAGAACUAAAGGCACUGGAUGGCGUUGUAGUACGGGAGAAUGAGGAUUAG